CCCUGCCAUGGCGAAUCUGCCACAGAGCUUGAACCGCAGAGGGCUGGUUUUCCUGUGCAUUUUCCUGGGGACACUGCGGGAGUUUGGAGCCGGGCAGAUCCGAUACUCUGUGCGAGAAGAGACAGACAAAGGGUCUUUCGUGGGGAACAUCUCCAAGGACCUGGGGCUGGAGCCCCAGGAGCUGGCGGAGCGCGGAGUCCGCAUCGUCUCCAAAGGAAAGAUGCAGCUCUUCUCUCUGAAUCCGCGAGGCGGCAGCUUGGUCACGGCUGGUAGGAUCGACCGGGAGGAGCUGUGUGAGAGGGUGUCCUCCUGCAUUUUAAGCAUAGAGAUUCUUGUGGAGGACACCUUGAAGAUUUACGGAGUGGAGGUGGAAAUAAUUGAUAUUAAUGAUAAUGCCCCCAGCUUCCGGGAAGAGGAGGUAGAGAUAAAAGUCAGUGAGCAUGCAACUCCUGGAUCGCGGUUUCCUCUUCCUAACGCUAGGGAUCCAGAUGUGGGGGUGAACUCGCUCCAGAGCUACCAGCUCAGCCCAAAUAGCUACUUUUCUUUGCACGUACGAGGCAGAACUGAUGGGACCAAGAGUCCGGAGCUUGUGCUGGAGGGAGGCCUGGAUCGGGAGAAAGAGGCGUCUCACCACCUCCUCCUCACAGCCUUGGAUGGAGGAGAGCCCAUUCUCAAGGGCGCAGUUCCCGUUCGCGUUGUAGUCCUCGAUGUAAAUGAUCAUGUACCCAAGUUUACGAAGUCUGUGUAUCAAGUGAGUGUUCCGGAAAACCUCAGCUCUGGGGCUCGCGUGCUGGUGGUAAAUGCAACAGAUCCAGAUGAAGGCACCAACGGUGAAGUGAUGUAUUCAUUCGGGGAUAUGGAAAGCAAAGCUUCUGAAACCUUCCAGCUGAAUUCUCGAACUGGAGAAGUUCUACUAGGAAGGCCUCUGGAUUUUGAAAAACAUAGGUUCUAUGAGAUGGAAGUUCAAGGCCAAGAUGGUGGAGGUUUGCUGACCACUGCUAAGAUUUUGAUUACCAUCAUGGAUGUGAAUGACAAUGCUCCAGAAAUAACUAUCACCUCUUCUAUUACUUCAGUGCUAGAAAAUUUGCCUCCUGGUACCGUGAUUGCUCUUCUAAAUGUGCAAGAUCAAGAUUCUGGAGAAAAUGGCCAGGUGUUCUGUUUCAUUCCUAACAAUCUCCCUUUUAAAUUAGAAAAGACUUAUGGAAAUUACUACAAGUUGAUAACAAACAAUGAACUGGACCGAGAACAGAUUGAGAGCUACAAUAUAACACUGACUGCCAAAGAUCAAGGAAGUCCACCCUUGUCUACAGAAGCUCACCUCUUGCUGAAUGUGGCAGAUGACAAUGACAACCCUCCCGUUUUCACGCACUCCUCUUACUCUGCUUACAUUCCUGAAAACAACCCCAGAGGAGCCUCCAUCUUCUCGGUGACUGCCCUGGACCUGGAUAGCAAAGAGAAUGCCCAAGUCACCUACUCUCUGGCAGAGGACACGAUCCAGGGGAUACCUCUGUCAUCCUAUAUAUCUAUCAAUUCAGACACAGGAGUGCUGUAUGCUCUGCAAUCCUUUGACUAUGAGCAGUUCCAAAACCUACAGCUGGGAGUGACCGCGCGUGACAGUGGGGACCCACCAUUGAGCAGCAAUGUCUCACUGACUCUGUUUGUGAUGGACCAGAAUGACAACACUCCAGAGAUCUUAUACCCCACCCUCCCCACAGAUGGCUCUACAGGUGUAGAGCUGGCACCGCGCUCUGCAGAACUUGGUUAUCUGGUGACCAAGGUGGUAGCAGUGGACAGAGACUCAGGACAGAAUGCUUGGCUUUCUUACCGCCUGCUCAAAGCCAGUGAGCCAGGGCUGUUUUCUGUGGGGCUGCACACAGGAGAGGUGCGCACUGCUCGGACACUUGUGGAAAAAGAUAGCCUCAAGCAGAGCCUUGUGGUGGCUGUGCAGGACCAUGGCCAGCCCCCCCUGUCAGCCACUGUCACGCUCACUGUGGCUGUGGCUGACAGCAUCCCAGAUGUCCUGGCCGACUUGGGCAGUAUGGAGGUUCCCACCAGCCAUGAUGAGUCAGGCCUCACACUCUACCUAGUUGUGGCCAUCACCACAGUCUCCUGUGUCUUCCUCAUCUUUGUCAUGGUGCUCCUGGUGCUCAGACUUCGACGCUGGCAUACAUCACGCCUGCUCCAGGACGCGAGUGGGUUACAAGGUGUGCAGGCUUCACACUUUGUGGGUGUGGAUGGGGUGCGUGCUUUCCUGCAGACCUAUUCUCACGAGGUUUGCCUUACCUCAGACUCUCGGAAAAGCCAAUUAAUCUUCCCACAACCCAACUAUGCUGACACACUCAUCAGCCAGGAGAGCUGUGAGAAAAGUGAGCCUCUCUUGAUAGCUGAAGAUCCAGCUACCAUUUUAGGUAAAUGCGACCCAACCAAUAAUCAGGUGAGAUAUAGUUCUCUGCAUCCCAGUUGUUGA